AUGGACACAAAGCAGCGCCAGACCCACUCUGCAGGAAGUGUCCCCAACACCGGAAGCAUCCCUCCGCGCAUCAUCAUACACGGCGGCGCAGGAAACAUCACUCGGGGAUCCCUGUCCCGCGAGACUUAUGAGCAAUAUCGUAGUGCGCUGCUGCGUAUUCUCGAUGCUGCGGCGAAAAAGCUCGUCGAUCCGGGUGCGACGGCGCUGGAUGUAGCUACGUAUGCGGUCACGCUGCUGGAAGAAGAUCCGUUGUUCAACUCCGCUCGUGGCGCUGUGUUUACGCGCGGUGGCAAGAAUGAACUCGAAGCUAGCGUGAUGGUAUCCGAUGGGUAUAGGAAGCGCGGUGUGGGAUGUACGUUGUUGAAACGAGUGAGGAAUCCGAUUCAGCUAGCUAGGGAGCUCCUGGUGCGGGGGGAGGAGGUGGAUGGGGGUGGGGGAGCCGGGGAUCAUUGUUUUUAUAGUGGAGAGACUGCCGAGGGGCUGGCAAGGAAAUGGGGGUUGGAGAUUGUGGAUCCGAGUUGGUUUUUUACGCAGAGGAGGUGGGAUGAGCAUUUGAGGGGGUUGGAGGAGGAGGGGAAGAUGAUAGGGGGUGGAGGGGCGGCACAGGGGACGAGUGAGUGGGAGAAGAAUCAUUAUGUUCCGCUGGGGACAUGCGGUGCUGUUGUUGUGGAUGGCUAUGGGACUAUUUGUACUGCUACGUCUACAGGUGGCUUGACGAACAAGGUUGAUGGACGCGUUGGUGACACACCGACUAUAGGAGCUGGGUUCUGGGCUGAAGAAUGGUACGAAGACGCUCCGGCCGCAAAGAUGCUGUAUCAACCUGUUCCGCAGGCUAUGGCACCGAUAGACAAGCUCUCUAGAGGCGACCUGUACGGUGCGCUUGACGGCUGUCUGCCAACGCUGGGCUCAUCUUCUUCAAGACAAGCUGCACCAACACCAAGUCCGGAGAAUAAAGAACCUACCCCUAUUCGCCAUGCCAUGGGUCUUUCAGGGACCGGCAAUGGCGAUUCCUUCCUCCGCACAUCUGCCGCUCGAACAACAGCUGCCAAAUCUCGCUUUUCUUCGCAACCUCUCAGCGAUGCAACCACAUGGAUGGUCGGCCGCGGUGGCGAACUCCAAAAAAGUGCCGGCAACCGAUGGGACGGAGUCCACGAAGGUGCCGGCGGAAUCAUAGGCAUCGAGCUUGUUGGGAAUAAAGUACAAGUCGUCCAGGACUACAACUGCGGCGGCAUGUUCCGCGCCUGGACAGAGGAGAAUGGAAGUCGCAAGUGUUCAAUCUUUCGCGAAGAUAAAUGGGAGAGCGGACCGCAGAGUUGGCGAGAUAUCUGA